UUCCCCCUCCUCGCUUCUUCUCCAAUCCUUUUAACGAAUUUCAUCUUUCAUUCAGACAAGAAUUUUGCUCUCUCUGAAGAUUACUUAGCUCUGUGAGAAGACGGUAGAUUUGGUGGAUUUUUGAAAUAUCUUUGGAGGAACAAACGAUGGAAGGGGAUGGGGAAAGCGUCUCUUCCUCUGCUUCCACCGCGUUAGUCGCGGCGGAUGUGGAUGCUCGAUCAAUUCUAGUCCUUCGCGGCGGCCGAUCCAAAGCUAUGUACCAGUUUACUCAGCAAAGUCUUCCAGCUUGUAAACCUGUCCUAACUCCAACAUCAGUUAUUUCGACACUUUUCUUGAUGGGCAUCUUUUGCAUUCCAAUAGGACUGCUUUCUUUACAUGCUUCACUGAGUGUUGUGGAGAUUGUUGAGAGAUAUGACUCUGAAUGUGUUCCUCAUCAAUUUAGAUUGAAUAAGGUUGCAUAUAUCAAAGAUAGCUUAAUUCCCAAGAAUUGCUCAAGAUAUCUAAAGGUGCCCAAAUACAUGAAAGCUCCAAUUUAUAUAUAUUAUCAGCUUGAUAACUACUACCAGAACCACAGACGGUAUGUUAAAAGUAGAAGUGAUAAGCAGCUAAGGUAUGGACUGCAGUACAAUGAUACAAGUUCCUGCAUACCCGAAGAAUCUAACGAUGGUCUCCCUAUUGUCCCUUGUGGUUUGAUUUCCUGGAGUUUAUUCAAUGACACGUACUCCUUUUUUCGUGGGACCGAUGAACUAAGAAUUAAUAGAAAGAACAUAGCAUGGAAGAGCGAUCGUGACCACAAAUUUGGGAAGCAUGUAUUUCCCUUCAAUUUUCAGAAUGGAACACUCAUUGGUGGUGCAAUGCUUGAUCCGAAUGUUCCUCUAAGUGAUCAAGAGGAUCUCAUUGUCUGGAUGCGCACAGCUGCUUUGCCUAGCUUUCGCAAAUUGUAUGGAAAAAUAGAAGAGGAUUUGGAAGCCAAUGAUGUGAUAUCAAUUUACUUCUUAAACAACUAUAACACAUACAGUUUUGGUGGGAGGAAAAAGCUUGUUCUUUCUACAGCUAGCUGGUUGGGAGGCCGGAAUAACUUCCUUGGCAUGGCCUAUAUUGCCAUUGGUUCUUGCCUUAUAGUUCUUGCCCUUGUCUUCAUUCUGCUUCAUGUAAAAAAUCCCAGGCCUUACGGGGAUGCAAUGUAUGUGUCUUGGAAUUGGAAGGGCAUUCCUAACUGAAGGUAAUCCUACUCAAACAUUGAUAUUGCAUCUGAAAAUAAAUUUAAACAGUAUCCUAGUAUCAACCUAGGGAGUUUUCAAAGGUAACUACUGUUAUACAUUCAAUUGUGGCACGAUGGAAAGAUGUUAUGGUAAUCAUGCGUGAUGUUAUUUUGAUUAGUAUAUGACGUUGUAGUUUUAUGGUGUAUAUUUUAGGAAGAUAUAGGUACAAAUGAACAACAUGGUACCAUAAGUUCCAGAUCCAUUGUAAUAUAUUACAAGAUCUUCUUGUAUUUAUGUUAUUCAUUGACCAGGUCUAUUUGUAUCAUGUUCUGUAAUCAUUGUUUAGUGCGUGUGUUAUAACCCAUAAUCAUUUGAUGUUUGAAAUAAUUUUGCACCAUUCAUUGGCUUCUUUCGUUGAUGCAACUCGUUAGCAUUCACAAUUUCCUGCAAUCACAACGUUGUUGUCUCUACCUUCAACGGAGAUUGUUCAACUCUGUUCCUGCCUAGAGACCCAAGACAGAGUACAUGGGAAUUUCGGAGCUUGGAAGUAAAAAUAUUGCAUGUGGCAGUAAAUUAUCAACGAGUGCUUUAGCAGUCAAGGUACGAGACUAGUCUCCCAUCAUAUCAAAACCUGGCUCUAGAUUCCACAUUGGUUGUAUUACUCUGGAAUUCGAAUAAUUUGUUUAAUUGAUAGAAAUUGUGACCCCGUAAGGUUCUGAUACAUGGAUGAGCAAGGGGUUCGAACAACUUGAGCUAUGUUACAAUACUUGCCUCUAUUUAAUCCUGUAAAAGCAUUUGAAUUUUCCUUCUUCAUCAGUGAAUUUUACUUAGUGAACCAUUGCAGAGUAGGUUUAGACAUUCCUAUAUGGCGAUUACUCGGAUGAUGGCUUGUGGCAGCUUGUGGGAAAGGGGAGUAGUAGCAGAUGUUGGAUCCAUUCGGUUGGACUGAAACACAAAAUCUUUUUUAAUGAACAUGUUUACAGCUAUUUAUGUAAUCGUGUUAAAAUCCUACGCUUUUUUGGCGUUGAAUGUUGGGAAAAUUUGCUGUAUGGGAAACGGAUGAUUUUCAUAAUUGGAAAUGGAUUCAAGUUUGAUCAAAUACAUAAGAAGGGUUUGGGCCGUUAUUAAC